AUCAUGAAGGUCCACGGAUUGGCAGUUGCUGUCCUUUGUGUCUGAAAAUUGAAGAAAACAUUUCCCUGUUUAUUUUAAGGCCCAAGUUAUGAAAUGGCGGAUGGCAUCGCAGUGUACUUGUCAAAUAAUUGGUGAUUUAAAACUUAAUGAAUAGUGAAAAUACGUGGAUACAAAUGUCUGGACAUUCCAUAAAUUGCAUAUUGAUUUUAUUCCAGCGUAAAAUAUUUAGACGGCAUCCCAACAUGGGAUGAAUCCUUUAAGAGGAGCCGAGUCUGUUUACGUGCUAUCUUGGUUUAAAAUCACGUUUGAGUGACAAGAACUUGAUGCCUGCCGCGUAAUGGAAAUAGACGUUACCCCAGAGACGGGUGAACCAGACUCCAGCGAAGUGGCUCCUUCUCAAUGCGACGGCUCGGGCUACGAGUCAGCCACACACCAGACUCGAGAUGCCAGUCUCAAUGCCAAGAAAAACAUCAAGCAUGCACUUCGACAGCAAGCUAAGCGUCGAAGAAAAAACACCAUCCUUGCCAACAACACACAACCUGUGCCCCGCAUUAUAGUCAAGCCUUUACCCCCGCAGAAUGAAGAGCCUACUCCUGUGUCUACUGGUAGAACACCCACCAUGCGAGAGGUACUAGCUUCCAUCCCUGGUUUUGCCAUGCAACCGCGUCGCCGUACAGGCAAGAAGUUAUCAACAGCAGCACAGCUGGAGCAAACAAAAGAGGGUCGAAUCGAUUUGGAAACCCCUGAUUCAAUUUUAGUCAACACAAAUUUGAGACACCUGCUUAACAAGGCUACAUUUGCUGCUUUGCCUCUUCUAUAUCAGAAUAAAUUGGUUCAACUAUUACCAAGUGUAGAUAGGCAUAACAUAAGUGGCGACAACAAUUCAUUGGAAAUUAACAACUCAGGUUUGAAUAACGAGUUUUUUGCUAGGGCAUGUCUUGAGUGGCAAGACCGUCUAGCUGAAGGUGAAUUCACUCCAGAAAACCAACAGAAACUCAAACUUGAAGCUGACAAAGAACGAAAUAAGGUGGACCCAUGGAAACUGAAACACUUUGAGCCCAUUUGGGGGGACCGUUCAUGUUCCUGGACCACUGCAGCUGCAUCAGAUACACUGCAACAGGCAAACAGUAAUAGUACAAGACCACCGCUCAAGACCACCAUCAAACUUAGACAAUCUACAUUGACCAAACAUCAAAGCAGACCUCCUCCUGUCAAACGACUGCGGACCGUUGGAGCCAUGACUAGGUCGUGUACCAGCCUUAAGUCUGAAUUGUCAUCGUCGACAGACGUCGAUUUUCCGCAUAUGGAAAACAAAUCCCCUCCAAUACCAGAUCUGCUGCCAAUCAAACAGCUGCGACAGCAAACGCGAGAAGCAGUUGCUACAGAUACGCCAUCUGUUGGAGAGAGGGCUAGCACCGCAGCCUCGUCCUCCGCCGCAGCCUGCAUAGUAAAUAUUAGCGACACCAUUAUGGAGAACAACGAAGAGACAAUCAUUAUAUGCGCCAAAAGGAGGCGGAGUGAAGAAGAAGAAGACAUGGAAGAAGUAGUUCGAUUUCCUAAAAGGAAGACGCCAAGUCCCGAGCACGUGGAAGUUAUUUCCAAGGAGGAGAUGGACGAACUGAAAGUGGAAGAGUUCGGAAGUAGUGAUGAAGAUAAGAUUAGUGAAGUUGCCAUGGAAGAGAACCCACUGGAUGAUGAAGUUGGAUCUGAGGAUAAGAUGCUGGACGACAACAGCAGCAGUAGUUCGAAUGGCGAUGCCGGAGUGAGUUCUGCGCAGGUAGCAGUUCACCACCAUCAGCAGCACAUGGACGAUACAUCCAGCAACGAGGCCACCAUGGAAACUGUGGAUUCUUUGCAACUCCAUGUAGACUAUAAAGACGAACAGACCGAUGAAACGUCAUCUACGGCGACCACAGCCACAGAUGAUAAACUCUCCGAACAAGAGGAGGAGGAAGAAGAUGAGGACGAACAAGAAGAGACGCUGGCCGCUACACCCGAUAUCUCCAACAUGGCCGAGAUGGACAGCGACCCGCUUAAGCUAAAUGAGAACGAUCGGGAGGAAGAGGAAAUUAGCGAUGAGGAAGAUGAAGAUGACGGCGAUCGGGGGAGGGAGAGUGAAUUGGAGGAAGCAGUCGCGACGUACGGGUCGAUGCAAGAAGAUGAAGGGGGCGGCGACGAUGGACGUGACAGAGUGGCUGAAGGAGUGGGGGGAGAGACAGGAGGUGUCGAACAAUCGGGGGAGGGGGAAGAUGAAGAGGGCGUUGAGGAAGAAGAAGAGGAACUGGAGGCCAUCGCAGAGCGAGAGGAACAGCAGCAGGGGGAAAGGAUAUGUGAUAGUCGGCAUGAGGAUGCGGUUAAGGAUGAACAGAUAAUGCAAACCGACGUAAGCGUUAGUACCGAAGCGACGACAACCGUCCACGAGUUGAAAGAAGAGUUCGAUGAUGUUCAACACAGUCUCAACCGCACUGCUGCCGAGCAGGCGCUGGACUCGGGUGAGCCCGUGAAGUCAGAGCAGCAGGUGCCCGAUGAGGCGUUCCAGAUGCUGUCCAAUGAUGCAACAGGCACGCAAAUGUUGCAACAAAGGGCGCUGACGGCGGUUCUGGACGAACAAGAACGCAUCGGGGGCAACGGUUGUGAAGAGGAUGUUUGCGAUGCCGGGAUUGUGGCGGCGGCCGACAGCGCAGAAACGCUAGAAGCAUCCGUCGAAGAGUGUGAUCUCGUAAUAGCUCGACUAACGACGUGUGGAGAUUUUGUCCGAGAUCCAUCCGAUCCAGAUCAGGAAGUGCCAGCGGUAGACGAAGAUGAUCGCUUCCUGGAUGCAGAAUCGUACGUGCUAGAGGAGUCGGGACAGAUCGCGACUGUCGAAGCCAAAACGGAGAAUGAUGGUAUGGCCGUUGGAAACGACAUUGGAGCAACGAUCUUUGGAGGUGAUCCAGACAAUCAGGCGGUGUCGGAUGAGUGCUGUUGGGGUAUGGUGGACUCGAGCACCGAGAAACUCCUAGAGACUGCGGCGGCCGCGGUGGCAGUAGCAGUAAAUCAAGAACAACUUCAGUCUGAACAACAACAGCAAGUACAUGAACAGGACGUGAAGCCGGUGACGGCAGAUAACGAGGAGGAACAGGUGCGUGUGAUCCCUAUGAGGGAGGAGCUUGAAGUGAGGCUAGAGGAGGCCACAUUUCCCGUCGUCUUGGCUGACUGGGGAUCAUACGCGUCCGCUGCGACGGCUGGAGCGAUGCAUAUGGACUCUGAUAUGGUGGCGACAACACUGACGUCGACUGAUGAAGAUGGUGGGGGUGAAGCGCUAAGCGAAUCUCACUCCCUUAGCGGCGAUGGCUCUCUGACGGAUGAUAAAGAGCGGGACAAGAAAAACGGGGGUGGAUUUCCGGCUACCGGCCACCAGCAACAGGUCAAAUUGGAACUAGAAGUGACCUUAACCCCGGAAAUCGCUACCUCGGACAGCAUGAUCACCAGCACGGUUGGCAGCGGGGUAGGGGGAAAUGGAGUAGGGUCUACCAUCACCUCUACAGUGCCGAAGACAAUGACACCUGUGAUCCCACCAACAACAAUAGUAUGCCUACCAUCAGCUGUGACGACAGCUCCUUUGUUGCACAAUAAUAACGUAACAACGGCAGCGCUGAUGAACGAGUCCCAAGGUGGUAGAUUAGGAGGACCUACUCAUUUACAAAGUUCGAGUGCUUUGCCCUAUCUCGCGCUUACACCGGGACAAGCUAUCAGGGGCGGAGCGACGGGUAGCGGUACUAAGGCACGCCCUAAGGGCGGUACUGGAAGCAGCGCUGGUGGCGGAAGUGGUCGCAGCGGACGUGGCAACACUUCCAACAAACCGCCACCGGGUGCGGUAAACCUCGAACGCAGCUACCAGAUUUGUCAGGCGGUCAUACAGAACAGCCCGAAUCGGGACCAGCUUAGGUGUCAACUGAAGCCGCCGCCUUCACUUCUGGCUGCUGCACAGACGAACAACGUCACGAAGAAAGCCUCGAUAACAACAACCGAACAACCGGGACAAAUGCAGCGUCAAUAUAGCGCUGGGAAUGGGUUGAUGAGAGCCGGAAAACCAGCCCCUCCAUUUGUGCCUCCCCCUCCAGCUGUGUACCAAGCAGCCAAUGGUGUGACAGGAAACGUUAUGAAACAGCAACAGGUUCCUAAUGGAAAACAAAUACUUAAUCAGCGUUUGCCAUACGGCCCUGCAAGGCAGAUGGCAGUAGGCGGUGGUCCAGGUGGAACGACGCAACCUGUCGUUGUGAGGCACGUGUUCACCGCUGCGGGAGGCCAGGGAAUACCUGUCACCAUGGCGGUGUUGCCGCCUCCGCAAUCAUCGGUCGCCAGCCAUCAUCAAGGACCACUGGGUGGUGGAAUGCACCACGGAAGCCUGCAACAGUCUGAAGUCAUCGAAUGUCCAGGCAUGCCACCGAACGGCGGUCAACAGCAUGUACCUAUGGGUGUAGGUGGACAGUAUAUUUUGGUACAGCGGGCGACGGAAGCUGGUGGACAGCAGCCACGGUCCAACAGCGCUCCGCCCAAUGGACAUCAACAACAGUCGUUGGCGGCAAUCAGGGGCGUACGACCUGCCUCUGUCGAAACAGGGGCAGAACAACAGCAGCAACAGCAAUAUGGGGCGGCCCCACAAGCAGGAACGACGGUUUAUAGGCAACCAUCUACGCCAGAGGGCCUGCAAAAUCAGCCUUCUAACGAUUUUAUCAUACAGUGUCCAAAUCCUGGAACGCAAGCAGUAACAAGAAGACAGCGCCUGCCUACUGGUGUCGCCUAUGGUGAUGUCAGCAUGGAAAGUCCAAUGCCCAAUUAUACAGUUAUUGGUGGUGAGAACGCUAUGUCUGAUCACCACCCGGUGGCGGCGAUGCAACCUGGUGCCGUCGAACAGGCGUUGCAAAAGGCGGUCGCUGCAGCCGCCGCGGCGGUACAACAGCAAGCAAAGUCACCGUCAGAGGGCGUGUCGUGCGCGUGUAGCCUUAAGGCGAUGGUGGUGUGCAAGAAGUGCGGCGCAUUUUGCCACGACGACUGCAUCGGACCCAACGAGCUCUGUCGAACAUGUUUCAUCAGGUAGAGCAGUGGUGGUCAAUGCUAGGGUCAGCUAAUGCAAAACAGCUGUGAAGUGGUGUGCAAAUUUAGUACCUAGCUCAACAAAGCAGAGAGUAGGGGGUGGGAUUGAGAGCUCCAGUGACUUGAGACAGAUUAAGCCACAAAUCCCCGAGAUGUUAGUCGAAACAUGUUUUGCUUGACCACCCACACAAAAGAAAAGAAUCUAACAGCAAUGACGAAACCUAAUUAAUGGUACACAGAUAGCUAAAUAAAACAAGAUAUCUGGUUCGAGUAUGCCCGUGUCACAAAGCCCUACGUUAGGAGAAAGUGGCAAAAUUUGGAAAAAAAAGAUGAAGAGGAAAUACGACUUUCUAUCGAUUUUUCCAGCUGUCCGACUAAUUAAUCGUUUUGAUGAACUAUUAUAUAUGGAUAUGUAAUCCGUACUCACAUUUUUAUAUUUUAAUGUUUGUCAAGAUUUUAUCAGGAUAUAAAAUCGCUUCCUAUAUGAUUGAUUUGGAAGUUACUCCAAAACUAGAUACAAAGGGCAAUUUUAGAUAAUGUUCAACAAAACAUCUGCAACCACGAGAUAUCCAGACAUUCAUGUCAAAUGCUUUUAACAUACAAGUUGAAAAUAGGCAUCAUCUUCUUUUUGUUCAUAGGAAGACGAUGUAUGGUAAUUUUGCUUGAAAACUCGAUGCUAAUUUUAAUAUGUAAAAAUAACUAUUAAAUGAAUACGUACUUAUUUCGAAAAUUCACCUUAGAGGUUUUUGGAGUAUUACAAAUAAUCUGUCUCCUAUAUAAAUAUUGUAAAUACUAGUGUUAAUCAGAGACAAAGCUUGGUGUGCUAUAAGCAGUUUCGUUAAGAGUCAUAUUUCCUCUAUAAUAUUACUGUGGUAAAGGGUGAAGCAAAAAGUUCUUGGUCUGUAUCUGGUGCAUAUCUUACUUUUGUAAUUACGGUAGAUUUACGAUGAUAAUGUUUUUGAGUGGUCUGAAAGUCAUGUGAUAAAUUGCAAGGCAGGUUAUAUAUUACACACAUGAGUAUUGUGUCUAUUGCCAGAUAAGGUAAUGACUUGCAUAUAACACGAAUGCUCUCUCGUUAUUUUCCGGAGUACGAACAGUUCGAACACGACCCGACCUUGGCAAGCCUUUAACUUCACCUGUUUAUUCAAAUUUCCGCACCAACUGACGAAUGGUGUUGACACUGGGCAUUAUUUCGACCGAAAUCUUGUCCUAGCCUCCGAAUCAGUGCAACAAUCGACUCAUUAUUUAAGUAAAACGUUUUAACAAUUCGGACGCAUUGUGGGAUCGUGUGGCGCUCCAUGAUGAAUUGGACACUUGUGCUUUAAACAACUACUACACCACCUACUGAAAUGCGUGUAUUGAAAAUGGCGCGCAUUUUAAAUCAGUCAGUUAUAUAGUGGCCACAUAUAUAUAUAUAUAUAUAUAUAUAUAUUGCUGAAAAGCUACAAAGAGGUCGUUUCUUUGUUUUUUAAGUCCCAUUUAUGCACUCGUUUUGUUUAGUGUGACAGUGUUGCUCAACAAAGUUUGAUGUCAUAUGCCAAGUGGCCCUACUGACUGACACAAAUCACGUGCAUGAAUAAGCCCUAAGAGCAGAUGAUUGUGUACAUGUUACUUCAGAAGUUGCUACUUACAGACCAAGUGCUUUCAAUUUCGCCAUCAUAUACAUAAUAAUGCAACAACAAGACUUGUUUUACAUAGUGAUUCUUUAUAGUUUUAAGAUUCUAAUUAUAUACAACACUCCGUUGUUAAGGACUCCAUAGCUACGCUUUAAAUUUAUUUAUUUAUACUUUCCAUUAAUGCCAUCUUUGUCGCCUUUAUAUCGUCUUAGUUUUGUAAAAUUUGUGAAGCUCGAAAAAUUGUUUUUGAUAUUAUUUAUGUGUUGUUGUUUCUACUACUUUUUGCUGGUAUCUGAUGCUGUGCAAUUUUUUUCCUUUAUGGAUCUUAACCUUUUUCAACUGCUAGCUAGUAUCGAAUACGUUAUUUUUUAACCUUAAAGUAGACUCUGUUUUAGGAAAAUUUGGAAUAAGUGGUUUUACAGUGCGAUUAUAUUCUUGAGUGGUCCAGAAAGUCAACGCAUCCAGAGAUACAUAAUAUCUUGCUGGCUAACUUCUUUAUUAAGCGAUAAAGUUUUCGGUAUAUUAAAUAAACAUGAGGUACUGGAGAAAGUGGUCCACAUGUGGUUUGUAGGUAAUGAAAAGACAUUUAACAUGAAGCAUCAUAAGUUCAAUUUGCUGGAGCAUCCUGCAAAAAAGGGUAAACAUUGUUGAUUUAUACAUUUAUUUUUUACCAAAAAAUGCAUAGCGCUAAAUCUGAAAUAAUAACUGAAGGUUAAAAAUUUGUAGUGGAUAACAUCGAAAACAAUGCAAGCAAAAAAUUCUUAAUAGUUUCCGCAGCAUUUUAAAUAAAAUUGUAUUUUUUUUAUUAAAAAUGGUUUCUUUGACGAGCUAUCCAGCGAUGUAGGAUAAAUCAAAUGGGCUCCUAGUAUUUUUGUGAUUUUCUUGAACCAACUAUGUAAAAACGUAUCGGCAAGCAUAGAUCAAUGUUUGCGUUAUAAACAGAAUAGGUCCGUUGUCUUUUUACAGAUGUAAUUAGAAUGCUCACCACUGAGAAGCUGAUAAAAACAUAUUUUGGUGAAUAAAAAACAUACCUGGACCUUUGGCGGCCGAAAUAUCAUUUCAAAGAAAAAUCUACAUCUAAACGGGUAGUCGAAAUUAAGCAUACAUAUAAAAGAUUUGGAUUUUAUGAAUCUGUUCUACAAUAUAGAUUUUCGUAUUGUGACUACAAAAGUCUUACAAAAGUUUGCAUGCAAAACCAUAGCGAGUCCAAAUGACUUCAUGACUUGUUAUUUAGGAUAUCGUGAUAAUACUGCAAAAAGUGACAAAGUCAAAAAUCGUAGUUUUCCGCAAAAGACCGUUAAAGGCUGUCGUUUGUGUAAUAAAUCAUUAGGAGUUUUUCUUACGAAACUAAAGACUCAUUAAUAUUCACCGUGAAAUUUAGAAUUAUAGCUACAAGGUAAGAGUACUAUUUUAAAUAACUUUUCAAAAAUGUUUAUUAAUUUCUGACUUGGUCACGCUUGAUGUAAAAUCAAAUAUAUUUUAACACUGGCUUGGUCAAACUGAAUUUUAUUUAGUCUGAAGAAAUACAUUACUACGAUUCGGAUUCUGAAAAUGUUGGUUCUGGGGCCUUUUCCUUCUUUGUAUGUACAGGGAGCGACUUGUACCAGUUGUGAUAUUGUUGUUUUCUGUAACUAGAAAAAAGGCUGAUUUCUAUCACAUUUUCUGACAUAUCAUUGAUCCAGCUUUAUAGAGCGGUGCGUGUUUCGCAACUACCUCUUUUGCCAUUCACCUCACUCCAAGCAUAGCAGUAUGCAUUAUUUGAAGCUGCAGCUUCAUAAUUGUUGAGGUCCUAAUCAAAAAGUUUUAUCGCAUAAUGUAAAGAUAUUUCGGAGUAUGGAAUGCAUACCACAUUAUUAGUACAUUAAAAUUUUGUGUAUUUGCCUCUGGAACUCUUUUUGAGUAUAUUUGAACUAAUUAACUCCAUUCCUAUAAUUUAGUAGAGCAGUCGGGUAAACAAACGCCAUAAACUCAACCGGCAAAACUGAUCAAGUACAAGGCCUAAAUCAAAUGUUAAUCGAACUGUUACAACAGAAAGUGACCAAGUCAAGGUGGUCACUAUUACGUGAUAUGUUUCACAAAAUACUGAUGAUAAAGUUGAUCAAUGUUUUUGUUGCUAAAUUAGUUACACGGACUUGGCUAUACGAACUAUUAAAUACUAAAGUACUAACUUGGGUAAUUUUUCCUGAGGGAGGCAACAUUAUUUGUAGUCACUUGGCAACAAAAACAGCUAUUUGUCCAUUUCCGACAUGGUUAUUUUUCUUGCAGUAUACCCAUGAUAUAUUAUAUUAUUUAAAUAUAAGAAAAUUGAGGCCAACACGACCGACUUGAGUAGAAAAAUAAGCUUAGGGAUUCGUAAAAAUGCAAUUGAUCAUCUGGAAAGUCAGCUAGAAUUCUCGAUAAUAGCCCUGCAGUCGUCACCCAUAAUUUCAAAGCUAGAACUGUAAUAAUUUCAGGAUGUAUUGCCGUUUCUUUAUGGAUGGUUCAAGAAAAUCUGGUUUUUCUUUUAGUACGAUGUUAGAACAAGUCUAGCAAGAGAAUCAGUCCAAUAGGGGUCCAUUUGAUUUAUCCAACGUUACCGCAGCUCAUCAAACCAUUUUCUCAAAAAAAAAAAAACAUAUAUAUAUAUAUAUAAAAAAUUAACCAGCAACAUUUUUGUAUAUGUCGGUGCGGAGCCUCUUCUAGACUCUCCUGCUAAAACCACUUAUUACAUUUUUUGUUCUAAAAUUCUAGAUAUCCUGGCCCAUUAUUAUAUAAAUCAAUAAUUCCAGCUUUGUGGCCAUCAGGUCAAGAUGUUCUUCGUUUUUGGAUGAUCGUUUUUUAAUAUAUUCCCAUUUUCCACUAUUUCACCUAAUAAACCAGAAUUAAUCUCAAUAUAAUAUAUCAGCAAAUUGUAGUAGUAUAUAUUUGUGAUCUUUGCUAAUGGAUAAGAUUAUGUGCGGUAAAAUGUAGAGAUUUAAAAUUCUCCAUUCAUUUCAGCUAUUCUCAUAAUUUAUAAUGUGUCAUUAUUAAGUAGUGUACUGGCUCUCAAAUUAUGAAAUGAAAUUCAUAUAUUUUUGUUAAUAGCUUAUCUGAAUAAAUAUUGAAGUCUCACUUGUUAGUAAAAUAGCUUAUUUUUAAAAAUGACUGGAAGUACUGAAAAUGACAAAAAAUUAUGUAUUCUUACUCGCUCAUUUUUUUCCAUUUAUUUGGUGACAUAUCAAUAGUAUUUUAUUUUAUGUAAUUCACCAAGCAACAGCCUUCCAGUUUUCAAAAGUUGUCGCAAGUAAGAUAUGUUGCUGUCCUGUUUCCAUUUGUUAGUCCUGUAACUGUAACUAGUGAUUGGUAGACAUUCCAGGGUUGUGUGUCUUUAGAGCUUUGAAUCACCGAUCGAAUAAUUCGUGCUACCAACUUUGUUGUCAUUUUAGUAUGAGGUCACAUGUUUGGCGACAAUUUCGACUUGGAUGACAACCAUAGUUUUGAUUCGGUUUCUGUAUACUGUUCUUGUUGUAGCUGUAGCCAAUGAUGUAUGUGUUGCAUGUAUAAAUCUAUUAGUAGCACCUAAUGACGCAUGUCCGACCCAUCAAUAAAGCAGUGUGUAAAAAAAUGAUGGGAUAGAUCCGACCGAAAAUAUUCAAGCACGCACACCACUAGGAAUGUAUCUAUUGAAAACAGUUACAGUUGCUCGACUAUACACGUUCUCACAAAUGUACUACCUCAGGUAAAUGUCGUAUACUUUACAUUUUCUGUUUGCUGAACUUGAACUAUGUCUAGUGCAAUAAUGAGAAUUCGAAAACGAGUCGUUGAUCUGUCAAACGCAAUUAAAAUCCUGUUCGGGAAAAUACGAUUGCUUAAAAGCUUUUUCCUUAGAGGAUAUUUUCUAGAAUACUAGAAUUUAAGAUGUGUAUAAUUUAUUUUUCAUAUAAAUCUCGUGUAGCUUUUAAGAUUUUUUGUGUACAGUGUUUUUUACUAUUUACUUUAAUUUUUAAGUUUAUAUUUUACUUGUCAUACUUCUGUGUACAUACUAGUGACCUUUACGCGAUGAUUUCAAAUAGAG